AUACCAAAAAGAAAUCUCAUCCAUAGAACAAAGAUCGAACUGGUCCAAUCCAAUUUUUAUGCGACAAAAAUCAUAAACCACAGGGAGUUUUUGUUGCUCGAAUAGUCAAACUACAUAAUCGUAAUUACUCUUUCAAUUUUGUUGUACUUUUCAUAAGUUAAAACAUAUUUUUCUAACUAUUCACGAUUUUUUUGUAUUGUUUAACCACCAGUGAUGUACGAUCACUGGUGGUUAAACAAUACAUUCACGUUUUAUAUGUAGACAUUGAUACUGAGUUCAAUAUUAUCAUUCAAUUCUUGCACACUUGUUUUAAAACAUUUAUUAGUAGCUGAAGCUUAAAACUAGUGUUUGUAAUAAAUAUUCAUCAACGUUAUGCCGACGUGUAUUAAUAAAUAUAAUCUUUUUCAUGUAAAGUAUCGAAUGGUUUUUUCAACUAUGAAUUAAUUCAACACGUAAAUCAGCAAAUUUAAGUGUAAUGGUGAUGUCGUUGAAAACAGAUCGUUAGAAAAAAGAACAUUAGUUAAAAUUUAUCUACAGUUGGAUAAAUUUUAACUAACGAAGUUUUUAAUUCAUCCGAAUGUACUCUCUAAAAGAAUGGUGUUCUUUCCAAAGCACAAAAAAAAUCAGUUUUUCAAAAACUGAAGAACAUCUUUUUUUAAAGCGUUAUGAUCAAAACGAUUAAGAAAAACUGAUAAUGCUGCUGGACCACGUUUUUUAUACUCGAAGCAAUAAUUCGGCAUGCGUUGGAAUUGAAAUCGAUGUUCAAUCUUCCUUGAAGUCAAUGAUUUAUGCGGUUUAUCAAUAUAAAAUCUCGUAUAUACAUACGACAAUCAACUAUAAUCACCUCAUGAAUCACCAAGUUUUUUUGAUCAACCUUCGGAGCUAUAAUGAAUAAACGAAACACGCCUGAUUAGUUAAAAAGCUACGCUUUAUAUCUUCAGUAACUAUCGGACGUAUUGUUAUGGACGACCGAAAUCGAAUUUUUAGAUUGCAAGAUAAUCAUGAUAGAAGUUUGUCGAAUCGUGUAGGAGUAGUUGAUGGACUGAGGAAAAAAACGCCAAAACAACAGAAUUCGCUCCGUAUUAACACUUUACUGUGGAUCUUAUAUUUGAAGCGUAAUAAAGAUAUUGCAAAACUAUAUAGAAAUUUUUUAAUUUGAGCCGAUCUUGAAGCGAUUCAAAUUGUUCGAUCAAAUUGGUCAAGCGAAUUUGAUUUCAAAAUUUUAGUCCAUUCAGACCUUAAACAAGUUGGAUCAUUUUGACUUCUGCUACAGAUCCUCAUAGGUCUCAGAGGAUUUGCUUUAAGUAUAAUUUUAUCAAAAUACAUAUGUCAAGACAAAUGUAUUUUCAACACUGCUUUCGGAAGAUUAUCAAACAAAAACAAAUCACUUAUACACUGUUAGUCAUUUCACUUUUUAAAAUAAUACAAAAUCUGGUAGAAAAAUAAGUUAUAUUAAGCAAACGGUGUAAUCAUUUUAAUGAGAUACAGGUCUGCGUAGUUAGGCUAUAUCAAUCGACAAACAUUUAUGUGCUCAUCAUCCUCUUUGGCAUUAUCAAUCAUGUAGAUAAUUGUUCUGUUGUGUAAAGCAAUCGUUUGGCAAACCUGACAUUCUCGUGUUAUAAACAUAUACGAUCAUAGGAAGAAAAAAUAAUAAUUCAUUAUACUAGACACAGUGAUAUCCUAUAAAUGUUUAUAGGCAUGACGCUAACCUGCAGAUUAAUUACUUUCAUCUUUGUAUGUAAGGUAAUUUGUUCUUGAUGAUCACAUAUCUAUCAUUGACCAUAUGCAUAUCAUUUACAUCAACAUUUAAUGUAAAUAUAAUAGAGUAUAGUAGAAGAAUAAUAAUCUAUUUUGAUAGAAUAAAUAAUAAUAUACUUGCAACUUCGUUCUUUUUUUUCUUCUCCAUGUACAGAUGACAACAUCAAAUAGAGUGUAGUGAUCAACAUUAUUAAUUAAACUACCCACCUUCUUCUCUAAGGAAAUAGUAUAAUCAUUUUAUUGUUAUUUCUACUUUCUGAAAACACCUUUAUGAUUGCUUCCUAAAAGUGUAUACUAAAAAUAUUUUCUAUUUUUCAAAAAUAGUCAAUCAAUAUUCAAAAGUUUUUACCAUCCCUGUACAACGAAAGAAUACCUAAAAUCUUAAAUUUUCAUAGAUAUUACAAAAAAUAUCCUACAUUUCUUUGACUAUCCAUUUUUGAAAAUCUAUAAAGGUUAACUUUGUAUAUAAUUUCUGAAUAGUUUUUCAGAAUGUUGUCGAUCAUCUACCAUCAUAUAGUCAUAUAUUUCUAAAUAUUUUUGUUUCAACCAUCUGUAUGUUCUUCAAUGAUAUAUGUUCUUAUAAUUGUUUUAAAGAUGUAUGUUUACAAUUAUUGAAGUUGAUCGUUUUUCACUGUGGGUUGUACAUAGUUUACACGCCAUGAUCAACUCUCUAUUUAUUGUCAAUUUUUUCCAUUCGUGAACAAAAGAUUUCCAAAAAUAAAAUUGUACUUAAUUGUCUGUUUUCUCUGCUCAUUUCCUGAUCAAGAUUGUCAGCAUAAGACACGUGUCGAAUAAGCCUAUUAACUAUGUGUGCACAGCCACAUCUUUUUCUUUCGGAAAUUAUUAUAUUUUGACGACGACAUGAAAUGAAUAAAGAUUAGAAAUAGAAUAGAUAGAGACAGAUAUAAUCAAAUAUAGUAGAGAGAAAAGAGAAUAAAAAUUUUUAACCAAUAGAAAAAAGAGCUCAAUUUUUAUAUUGAUUGGUUCAUGUCUGCUAUUAGUCAAACAUUAUUUCUUAUCGAAGUGCCCCUAUCGGAUAAAACUCUUCUUAAAAGUAAUUUUUUAUUUAUUUUUUCAGAAACCUUAUCAAAAUAUCAUUUUUGUGUAAUAUUGGCUCUACAAAUUCUCUUGGAACAAAACAUAUACUUAUGAUUGGAAAAGCGUUUGAUGUUGAGUCACUUUUAAGAAAAUCGCCUGUUUCAUUACCAUCAUUCCAACAGCAACAACAUAAAUUAGAGAAAAAUUUUAUCAAACAAAACAACGAAUCUUUUUAUCAUAAUGAUUGUGUUGAUGGCAGAAACACAAAUAGUAGUAAAAGUAGUAAAACAAUUUUUAUGAAUAUGAGAGAUUUAUCAACCACCGCAACGGUGUUAAAAAAAACAAAACGGCGAUCACGUGCUGCAUUUUCACAUGCUCAAGUCAUUGAAUUAGAACGUCGAUUUGGUCAACAAAAAUAUUUGUCAAGUAGCGAACGUGCAGAACUUGCAUCAAUGUUGAAUUUAUCCGAAACUCAGGUAAAAAUUUGGUUUCAAAAUCGUCGAUAUAAAGCAAAACGAAAACAAUUAUUACAACAAGCUGCUCAUAGUCGACAUGUUCCUGUCACCGUUCUUGUCUAUGAAAAUCAUUCAUUUCAACAGGCUUAUUCACGUAAACCAACAUUAAUUCCAUCUAUGCCAUUAUUAAUGCAAUGA